AUGGCGCUCCAGGCGCAGGCCACCCCGUCGCCGUCGUCGCCCCCCUCGCCGACGCGCGGGAGGACGGGCAGCGCCGAGUGGCCGGACGACGCGGAGAAGCUCCCCACCGGAGCCGCCGCCGCCGCCGCUUCCCCGGCUCGGUCCUCGGACGCCGUCGAGCUCGUCGUCGUCGCCUCCACGCACCACGCCGCCGCCGCCAAGUACGUGCCGCCGCGCGCCACGUCGCACACCGCCGAUUCGAACACCGGCGGCGGCGGCGGCGGCGGCUCCGCGGGGUGGUACUCGUGGAGCGGCAGCCGCACCCCCGCCCCGCCACGUCGCGCUCGCCCCGAUCCGCCUCCGCCGCCGGCCCCGCCGCGGCGCCAGCAGCCCGUGGAGGCCCCGCCGCCGCUGCCGCCCGCGCCCGCUCCCACCCCGGCUCUGCCUCCGGCUCCGCCUCCGGCUCCGCCUCCGGCUCCGGUUCCCCCUUCCGCUCCCGCCCCGGCUCCUGCUCCGGCUCCAAGGGCCUCGUCGCCUCAUGUGCAGUUCAGGGCGGCCGACCAGGUCGUGCCCAACAUCCUGUCGCGCAAGCGCUGGGCCGCCGCGAUGCAGCGCACCGCGCUGCUGGCCAGGGGCGCCGCCGCGGGGCUCUGCCUCGCCGCGCUCGCCGUGCUCGCCGCCGACAACCGCAAGGGCUGGGCCCGCGACUCCUACAGCAACUACACCCAGUUCCGGUACUCGUUGGCCGUGAACGUCAUCGGCUUCCUGUACUCGGUGUUCCAGUUCGUCGCGCUCGUGGAGCUCAUGAGGAGGAACAAGCAUUUGAUUCCCCAUCCAAAGCGUGAUCUCUUCGACUUCAUCAUGGAUCAGGUGCUAGCAUACCUUCUGAUAUCGUCAUCUUCAUCAGCAACUGCUCGAGUAAGUGAUUUGAUCGACAACUGGGGCAGCGAUCCCUUCCCGAGCAUGGCGAAUGGCUCCAUCGCCAUAUCUUUCCUGGCAUUCGCGGUUUUUGCCAUCUGCUCCCUCAUCUCCGCAUACAAUCUGUUCCGCCGAGACGUGUAG